CAAAAAAGCCUUGGCAUUGCCAUCACUUAUCUACACCUACCUGCCUAAUAGGCUUCCUUUGACUUGCGUGCUGAAAGACAGACAUAAAAUAAACAUUUUAUUUAAAAACAAGAACAACAAAAAUCAUGUGCUCAAAUUAUUGUUUGGACUGCAGUUCCUGUAUGCUUAUGCAAUUUCAUAAAUGAUUUUUUUUUUCGUUUUUUCUAUUUACGUUUUCCCUGUUUGUUUUCCACUCGUUUAAAUAUUGUGUGCCCGACGCCACGCGUGGCUCGUGUUAAUUACAAACACCAACAUUGAAAAUGCGCUUACAAGUGCCUAAACCAACAAUGCAGCAGCGUGCGUGUGGUCCAAUCGUCGCUUGAGCCUUCUGUGCUAGAGCGAAGAAACAUCUACGCGUAAGUGUUAGUUAAUUGCCGUCGCGGCGCCAAACGAGUAAUGAAAUGUGACGUCAGCCACUUCGAUUUCAGCCAUUCUAAGCUUGUUAGCGCGACGACAGGAUUUUUGAAGUGAGAUCGAUUUACUUGUGGGUAUUGACGCGCAUCUUUAGCAGCAAACCGCAAAAGGCGAAGUGCGUCAGUGACCACAAUUUGAGGAGCGGCACAAGCGCAGCUGGCUUUUGGAUUGCGUGCCUAGUGGAGGUUGAGAAAGAGAAACAGGGAACUUUAGUACAUUCGUGUUGAGCCACAACUACCACCAAGUAGCGCCGUUUAUUCGCCAAACAACAUUACAACAACAAGAACAAUCACCCCUCCACGGUAAAGACAGUUGAUGUUGAGCAAUUUGUUAAUCUGCUUGCCGUUGUCUUUUUGCGGUUGCAAUAGUGUUGUUGUGCUAUUUUUUGUUUUGUAUUUUUGUUCGAACGUCAAUUUCGAUUUUUAUGACUUUUUGAGCGCGUGACUAAGUGGUGAUUUAUGAUGGCGUGUGGUUUUUAAUAUUCAUGCGCUCGCCGUGGCAUCUACAAGCGACAGCAGAAGCAGAAGCAGAAGAGUUAGAGUUAAGCAAUAAUAGGAACAACAAUAACAACAAAACACGAUCAUCUCAGCGCGCUCACUUGAACUCAGGUUUAACGGCAACAAGAACGCAAAUAGUAAAAGCAACGCGCACAAGCGCUUAAGCAUCAAAAACAAAAACAACAACAAUAGCCAAUAGCGUCCAGAUUUGCAGUUGGGUUGCAAGGGAGGCGAGCAGGUCGUUAGCUUGCGUAGGUGCGCUUGCCCAGCAACAGGCAACAGGCAAUCGCAAAGCAGCCAAGCAGUCAAGCAGUCGGGCAGCCAACCAGUUAACCAACAAUUCGCCGUUCAUUCGGCGAUAUCCUGCUGCGCGUGCGCAAUGGACUCCUCCACAAACACAAAUGCCGCUGGCAAUGGUGUGCAACAACAACUGCAAAGUCAUGUGAAGCAGCAGCUCCAUUUGAAGCCACAACAACACACACACGCACAUCUACGACAGCAGUCACAUCAGCAAGCACAGCCGCAGCAAGACAUGCAGCAGGGUCAGCAACAGCAGCAGACACAAAAAUUGCCACAACAACAACAAUUGCAGAAGUUUAAACAGCAAAUGCAGCAGACACAGCGCCUGCAGCAGCAGCAGCAGCAGCAACAACAACAACAACACCAACAUGCACAAUCACAACAACGCCAAGCUCAUGCGCAAUCAAUAGUACACUUUUCCUCCGCAGCAGCUGCGACUACAACAAAAGUAACAAAUACUCAUGCAACAGCCGCUGCCAUAUCAACGCUCAUCAAAGAAGAAUUGUGCGCCGCCGAACUGCACGCCACUUCCGUUGCCGCGGCACUUGAGCAGCAGCAGCAGCAACGCAAUCACAAUAAUAAUAAUAACAACAAGAACAAUAAUAACAACACACUUAACGGCAACAACAAUAAUGGCAAUAUGAGCAGCAUUCCCGCAGGUGGAACUCAUCAACAGAAAGCAAAUUCAUCCACCCCGGCCACAACAGUUGCCGCUUCGGCCGUCGCCGCCAUGGCAUUGGCUUUGGCGAAGGAUGCGAGUGGCGCUGGCAGCGGCCAACAGCAGCUGGGUAAUCUCAAUCUUGGCAUUGGAGCUCAAUCGCCGCUCCAACAACAACAAAACGCUGGCACUGGCACACCAAUACUGCAAUUGAAUAAGUCCAGCAGUGGUGGCGCCCUUACCGCCAAUGGUGGCAGCGGCAACCCGAACAAUUCCACUAGCAACGCCAAUAAUGCCACGAACUGCAGCAACAAUGUCAGCAAUGCCACUAAUACGUCCACAUUGGCGAACGUCUCCAGCACCAACGACCUCGCCGCUGCCGCCGCCGUUGUGCUGUCGUUGCAGGGUACGAUGGUUAGCAGUCUUCAACAGGCGGCACUACUGCCCGUUAAUUCGCCCGCUGCGGCGGCGCUUAACUUACAAGCAUUGGAAUCAUAUUUGGCACUGCAGCGCAUCACCGGCAAAUCGGAUGUGUUCCGCUUCAACACAAUAUCCGCCACCACUAACAGCAACAACAACAGCGAGAGUAGUGGCGCAGCAAGUGGCAACUGCAACACGAAUGUCAGUAAUGCCGAGGAGGCAAGCAACAAUAACUAUAACAUAGCAACAACAAUGCCAAGUGCGGCGCAAACGCAAACGCAACAACAACAAGAACUGCCAGCACUGGACACCACAAACAUUUGCCUGGAGGUGUCCAAAUCGCAGCGUAACACCAGCGCAACGAACGCCAUACAGACGUUGCUGCAGAGCGCAGGCGCUACCGCUGACCUCAGCGCUAGCGACCUUGGCGAUUGUGACCUGCCGUUGCUGGAUGGUGAAGAGGCGCUGUCCUUUGAGCCUGCUGAGCUGGAAAACAGCUACAAUAAUUUCAUUUUCAACAGCAACGCAUUCAAUUGCAUCACCCAACAUCAACAGCAGCAACAACAACAACAGCAAACACAACAGCAGCAACAGCAAUCCGUAGCGGCUGAAAUCGAGUCUAUUUCGUCGCUGCAAGCCACUAUGUUCCAAGACAAGCUGAACCACCAACAGCUGAUCAUAAACGAAGGUGUCGCUGCGAGCGCGCUUAAUGAGACCGCCACUUUGAAUACGAGCGGUAUUGCUGGCAGCGGAGCAGGUGGCGGCGCAGCGGUUGCCGCCGCGUCAGCCAACUCACAGCGUUCCAAGAAACAGUUCAUUUGCAAGUUUUGCAAUCGCCAGUUCACCAAGUCUUACAAUCUACUAAUCCACGAGCGAACACACACCGACGAGCGGCCGUAUUCGUGCGACAUCUGCGGCAAAGCGUUCCGCCGGCAAGAUCAUCUGCGCGAUCACAGGUACAUUCACUCCAAGGAGAAGCCCUUCAAAUGCGCCGAGUGCGGCAAAGGUUUCUGCCAAUCGCGUACGCUUGCCGUGCACAAGAUUUUGCAUAUGGAGGAGUCGCCGCACAAGUGUCCCGUCUGCAAUCGUUCGUUCAAUCAGCGCUCCAAUCUGAAGACACACUUACUCACCCACACCGACAUCAAGCCAUACAAUUGCAGUUCCUGUGGCAAAGUAUUUCGCCGUAACUGCGAUUUGCGACGUCACAGCCUGACGCAUAACCUCUCCGGUAUGUCUGCCGCUGGACUGGGACCCGGCAACGAGCAUCUACUCAACUUACCCGUAUCGGUGGCGGAUAUCUUUCAGUCCGCAACUGUUGGUGGUGGAUCUACGACAGCGGCGCGUAAUUCGGACUCCAAGACGGUCACACUCCUGCCAGCUUGCACUACGGUGGGGAAUACGUCGACAAUAGACUUGAUUGCUGUUACCGACUAAACGCCGUUGCUGGUGCAGUGCUGGCGUGCAUAACAAACGCAUAUACAGUUGGCCUUAUAAUUGUGAUCUACUACAUACAUACAUACACACAUUCCAUGGGACUGAUGGUGGCUCCUGGUGAAAAUCGGUUGUUUUUUGGGAUAAUCUCAGAGCUAAGAAGACUCGUGCGUGCGGCUAUAACGCGUCCAAAUGGGCAAUUUAAUGUGCAUUUAAGUUUCAUAAGUAGCUUCAAGUACUUUCGCGCUUUGCUGUUACAUGCACACACACACACAUAUAUGCUUAUUCGCGCUAUCUAGCUAUUACUCAUACCUAUUUUAUGUUCAUUAGGCUUCCAAAUCGUUUAACGUUCGACACUUAGAUUAGGGCUAGUGCGGCAGCGCUACCAGCUGCGAUUUACUUAUGACAAUACAUACACACAUACACACAUGCAAAGGAGUAUGUGAAAUUAAAUGAUCUUAGCGUAGCGUCCAUAUAUUUUAAGAACCCACUACUCACCUAUUCUACUUAUAUGCAUAGAUAUUUUAAAGUUAGUUGUUUUUUUACUGUUUUAACUUAGAGGGCAUUAAAAGUAAUACCUACACCAUACCACACAUACACAUAUAUACAUAAAUAUAAUAUAAUAUUUUAGUACAAGUCAAACUCAUUCUCUUUGUAGAUGCAUUAUCUAAUUUCGUGUAUUUGAAUAAAA